UGCAAGUUCGCGCCAGCGUCAACCAAAUUCGCUUACUGCUGUUUGAUGAAUGGGGAGAAAGACGUUGCAUCAAACCAAGCUUGGCCGGAGGAGAAAGCCCUAAUCGUCUGGAUCGGAGCAAGCUACCAGUUCGUUUCUUCAAACUUCAGCUUCACGUUUCAAUUUGUUAUUUGAUAUCCAUUUCGAGGUUUUGGAGUUUUCUUGAUCGAUGGCGACCGAAUCUGGCUUUGAAGCUUCUUCUUAUUCCGUGGGUUCAUGCAAUGGGAGCUCGAUGAGUUUUAUUCUCAAAUGCGAGAUUCGUUAUGAAGGAAUUCUCUACCACCUCAACAUCCACGAGUCUACCAUCGGCCUGAAGAAUGAAGGACGAAAGAUCGAUCUCCCGCAGAUCCUUCCAAGUGACAAGGUGUAUGAAUGUAUUCUGUUUCGGAGCAGUGACAUCAAGUCAAAUCAUGCUGGGGUCUCGACUUCACCUCUGUCUGCUUCAGUUGGACGUGAAACAUUGAUGGUCUCAAAACAGUGCCAGGAUACUCUGGCUUUUAAUAAUGGACAGUAUCCAAGCAGGUUGUCUGCAUAUCAAUCUGUAGCUGCAGGUCCAUUGCUAGCAUUUCCAGCAUCCUCAUUAACUCCUUUUCAAUUAUCAGUCUGUGGCAGACGUACUUUCCUCCACAAAAAGACUGUGUUGGUGCAAGAAACUUGGGUGCUUCCACACAUUUUCCUUGUAAUUCUUUGGUAUCAAUUGCUGCUUUAGAACAUUAAGCACCCUCGUUGCUAUCUCCGAGAGAGACACCUGCUCAACAGUUCACUGAAUAAUUUGAUUUUCAAGCCACGAAUGAGGAGUUCAAGAAGGACGUGGGAUUGUCUUGGAAAAGCAAAGCAAAGCAAAGGGAACUUUCAGAGUUUACAGUGAACAACGCGAUUAUUUUUAUCAUGGGGGAGAAAGACAUUGGACGCUACCUGGUGCUAAGGUAUGGCUUGGAAUAAUAUCAUACAUUUCAUGGUUUACGUUCCUCUUCUGUUGCGUUUCUCUGUGCUGCCUGCAUAUAACAAGAAUGUAUUCUGAUGCAAUUUCCAAUUCUCUUGAACGCAGAUCAAGGAAUAGACACAACCGGUUAUCUAGGCCAAUGAAAUUUGGCGCAGAGGUUUUGUCUUAUUUUGUUUAUCUGGUAUUUCUGCUCUGAUGGCAGGUAACUUAAAGUGAUUCUUUAGAAUAAAACGGCUUUAUGCAGACAAGCGGCGACAUUCCACAAAUGCGCGGCAACGUUGGCUAUGGCAUUAGAAGUGGUGAGAAUUUCUGGGUCUCAAAUAACUUGAGACGGGGAUACAAUUAUGGUGGGAGAAGGCUCUUAGCUGAGUAAUAAUACUUCGCUGCUAGCUGGAUUCACAAGUUUUUUUUCCUGUUGUACUAGAUUGGGCUAAACAAAUUGCUGGACCUCGGAAGUAGGCCAGCAAGUUUGGGAUCAUUCCUUAAUAUCUACUUCCAACUUGCCAGUAACUCUCAAG